AUGGAAUGUUGGGAGAAUAUUGGAAUGGGAAACCUGGUCCGUGAUCUUCUUCUAACAGCAGAUAAUUUCACAAACACUCUGUUUGAUUUUUUUGACAGGUUGCUGCUCCACCAACAGCCCCUAGUCGCAAUGCUCUUGUGGAGCAUCUGGAAAAGUCGCAACACAAAGUUAUGGGAAGCAUCAGAAUCUACUUCCACUUACAUCAUCUCCCGUGCUAAUGGCUCCUUACAAGAAUGGAGUUGUAUGCAAAGAGCAAAGCUCCAAGUGCAAAAUCAAGUGCUUACUCCCUCUUGGGUGAAACCGCGGUUUGGUACGAUUAAAUGCAACACGGAUGCUGCCAUGUUUGAUAACAACUCUACCAUAGGAUAUGGAAUGUGCUUCAGGAACCAUUUGGGACAACUUGUAUUGGGUAAAUCAGGUUACAUUCACUUAUAUGCCUCGUCCCUAGAAGCUGAAACCAUCGCCUUACUCGAAGCUAUCAAAAUGGCUAUUUCAAAUGGAUUUCACUCUGUUUGGUUUGAAACAGAUUGUAAAUUACUUGCAGAUUCCCUUUCAUCAUCUAUUGUUCCUAAUACUGAGUUUGGAGAUCUAGUCUCUCAAUGUCGAAUCCUUUUAUCUACUAUUCCCGACUUUACAGUGUCGUUUGUUAAGAGGCAAGCUAAUAAGGUUGCUCAUAGUAUUGCUAGAGCAUCCUUAUCUCACCCUAGCCCCUAUGUUUUUAAUGAUGUACCAUCUACUAUGUACUCUUUAUUUCUAAAUGAAAUGCACUAA